AUGAUGCUGCUGGCGGUGGCCGCCAUGUGCGAGAGGGCACAGGCUGGAGGGUACGCCCACUCCUACGCCCACCAGACUGGGCCCGUGGUGGGUCCCGCCCACGCCGUCACCGUCGGAGGGUACGGCGGACACAGCAGCUACGGCGGUCACGGCCACGGGCACAGCGUGGACUAUGUCGCGUACCCGAAGUACGAGUUCGAGUACGGGGUGUCUGACGGGCACACAGGGGACCACCACUCCCAGAAGGAGCACCGCGACGGAGACGUCGUGACUGGCGAGUACUCGCUCAAGGAGGCGGACGGCAGCGUGCGCACCGUCAAGUACCACGCCGACAAGUCCGGCUUCCACCCCGUCGUGCACCACUCGCACCACGGAUAUGGUGGCGGAGCUGGCGCUGGGGACGGAGGCUAUGGUCAUGGUCAUGAUCAUGGUCACGGUUGGUAUUACUGAAAACUCAUGACCUGAUCCAGGCACAAACGUCAAUCUGGCCAAUAGAAAACCUGCGCUUUUUCCGGCUGACUUAUUCUUGCCCGUUAUGUAUUCAUAUGGAUGUUGGAUAAGCUGCUGCCUUCGUUAGUUUACUUGGGCACUUCCACAUAUCUACUCGCGCAAGUCUGUGUCCAAUGCUGGCCGCACAAUGCAUAUUCUGAAACUUUUCUCUCUUUCGUUUCCAGCCAGAAUAUUGCUCUUCAGAGAUUUCAGUUUCACGGUUAAGUACAAAUGCAUUAGCUACUCUAAAUACACAUGAUAUUAUUCUUAUCAAAACAGUGCGACAUCUGUUUUGUAUCUACU